ACCGCCCAUCGCGCCAUGGUCUUUCAUCGUUUGGCGUCGGAGGCGGCAUUUGCGCGCAGAACUGGAUUUGCCUCCAUAGAUGAUUUGCGGCAGUUGGGGCCACCCAGUGGUGCUGACGCCACGCGUUUUUUUGAUGCUGGAGGAGAAGUUGCUGGAACCGGCCCAAGAAUCCGUCUCCGAGGAGGCGGAUGCUCGAGCACAGGCAACUGCCAACGAGACCUUGCCUCGCAUCGAGGGUGACCAGUUGUCCCUGUCAGGGGAACCCACACGAGGUGAAGCGACACAAGUGAUAAAGUCUUGUCUUCAAAGUUCGUUGGCGCUCAAACAGGCGCUACAAGACGAGUCGAUCGACCCUUACGAGAUGAAGAGCAUCCUCAAGAGCCUUGGGCAUUGCUCGGAGGGAGGUUCCCAGAUGAUACAAAAACUCUUUGUCCAAGAGGAGUCUCCGUUCUCCUUCCACGGCCAGUUGCCGGGAGAUUCCAACAAGAAGAUCCUCACGAUGAAGCCCUGGGAGGACGCCAACAGCGCAUGUACUUCUCUGAGUGAGAAGGCUGAAAGCGUUGGCUCUACGCCGAGCGAAGCGGCGCACUUGAUGACUGAGGCAGGGCAUUGCUUGGCCAAGUUGGGGAAGGCGAUGGUUUCGACGCCUCUGCGCCUUGGCAGCGCACCGCUUGUGAUGGCGAUGCCGCUGCAGGAACACGCAUGGAAGCGCCGCCAACGUCGCCAAUGCUACGAGUUUCUGUGAGGCUUUGUUGUGCUUGGUUUUCGCCCCCGGUGACAGUGUGUCACUGCAAAGACGGGCGAACUUUAGGACUGCUCUUCAAUUUGGGCACUUGGAAAAUUCACUGAAACCGCCAGCAGGAUGCUGAAUGGUGAUCAUUUCCCAAAGAUUGCCAGGGGUUUUAUAGUACGUCAACUGGAGGUUUGGUUGGAGCUGAAAAA